AUGACAACGAGGAAUCAGACGAGACCUAAUUGUGCUAAAGUCAAAAUAGAGGUAGAUCUGAUUGCGAAAUUGCCACAAAAAAUUAGAAUAACGGAGGAAGAUGAUGUGACAGGGGUCAGAAUAACAGAGGAAGAUGAUGCAGCUGAAGAGUUCUACAUAAAGCAGUUUACAAAACAAGCAGAUAUGGAUUAUUUUGAAAUGCUGAAUGAACUACCAAUCGUGAUUAAUGGGGAAGAAAAAGAGCAACUUCAGGGAAUGUCUUUAGUAGAUGAAGUCAAAGAGACAGUUAUAAGACUAAAUAAGAAUGGUGCAGGAGGGUCGGAUAGAAUGACAGGAACUUUCAAUCAGCAAACAUGGGACAUCACUGGAGAGGACAUGUACAGUAUCAGGGAUUUUUUUGGAGGGGCAGAGCUGCCAAAGUUUAUAACCCAUAGGAAUUUAGUGCUCAUUUCUAAAAAAGUUAAUGUGAAUACUUUCUCAGAUCUUAUACCUAUCUCUUUAAAAUUUGUGCAAGGAAGGAGUAUAGCAGAGAAUGUGCUAUUAGUGCAAGAAAUCAUUGCUGAAAUCAGAAAAGAAAAGCCAUCAAAUCUAGUUGUAAAAUUGGAUAUGAUUAAAGCUUAUGACAGGGUAGAAUGGAUAUUCAUGACUAAGGGUGAUCCUCUCUCACCUACCCUGUUUAUAUUGGCAACUAAAGUUAUGUCUAGAUCCCUAAAUGCUCUUAUGGAGAAGAAAGACUUUAAGAGGUUUGGAAUGCCAAGAGGUAGUCUCAAAGUGAAUCAUUUAGCAUUUGCAGAUGAUAUGAUUAUAACGUGCAAGGCAGAAGUGAGAACAAUGCAGAUGAUUACAGAUACUUUGAAGAGAUAUGAAGAUACUUCUGGACAAAAAAUAAACAAGGAGAAGAGUGUUAUUUAUAUGCAUCAUUCUAUAGCAGGAGGAGAAGCAGUGAUAGUUGAGGUAGCAACAAGAAUCCUAAGAAAGGAAUUCCCUUUCACUUACUUGGGAUGCCCUAUAUUCUAUUAA